GUGGCGGUAUGCACCUUGAAGUUGCUUGCAAUCCGCCAUAAUUGAAGAGAAGAAGAAGAAGAACUUCCGUGUCAUCUGUUUAACAUGGCGGAUAAAGAAAAGAAGAAGAAGGAGAGUAUCUUCGACUUGUCCAAAUACAUUGACAAGACGAUUCGUGUGAAGUUUCAAGGAGGACGAGAAGCCAGCGGGGUCCUGAAAGGGUUUGAUCCUCUUCUGAACCUGGUGCUGGAUGGAACAAUCGAGUACAUGCGCGAUCCAGAUGACCAGCUGAAGCUGACAGAAGACACGCGGCAGCUGGGGCUGGUGGUCUGCAGAGGGACCUCCGUAGUCCUGAUCUGUCCUCAGGACGGCAUGGAGGCCAUACCAAACCCGUUCAUCCAGCAGCAAGACGGAUAACCUACAUGCUGCUAAAUGUCACACAUUUGAUUUUCUUUUGUCAGUUUUAUUUUUGUUUAAACCAUUACAGUACACAUGUUUCAAACAAAAAUUAAGAGUUUUAAGUUAAUCAUCAGCAAAAUAAUGCUCAAAUGCACUUCAGUUUCAUUUCUYUGCCAUGUGCAAACUUUGAAGAACAAUUUUCUUUUACGAUGAGAGGUAAACUUUUUACUGUUCUUUGUUUUUUAUAAGAAAAUAAAAUAGAAAAUUUGUGUUCUGAG